GCCCGUGGCGGCGGGGUCGUGAGGGACCGGCCAUGCUGGCGCUGCGGACGGCGCUGGGCCGCUGCCUGGCAGGGCCGGCCCGCGGCGUGGCCGCCGGCCUGGGCAGCGGCGGCGGCGGCGGGGCCGCUUGCAGUCCCUUUAUUCAGACAGCCAGAUGUUACGCCAGACCUGUGAGAAAAAGGAAGAAAGACAUCCCCAGCCAUUUGGAUGAUCUUCCUCCCACCAUGCUGAAGAAAGAUUAUGCCAAUGUCCCAAUAAUAAAUAGUGUUGAUGAUGUAGUGAGAAGACUGUUGUCACUGGAAAUGGCAAGCCAGAAGGAGAAGAUGAAAAUAAAGACACAGCAGCUGGUGGAGAAGGUCAGGAGGUCUCCCAACGACAAUGGCUCCUUUGAGGUGCAAGUUGCUAUGUUGACUGCCAAGAUACGCACCUACGAGGAACAUCUUCAGCAGCAUCCCAAGGAUAAAAGUAACCGUCGUCGCAUGCUGAUGGAUAUAGAUCGCCGGAAGAAACUACUUACGUAUCUUCGCCGUGUCCGCUAUGAUACCUUUGAAAACACCUGCAAGCAGCUGAAUAUCAAGUACACCCUGCCCGCUCCCUACCGCAGAAGGAUCACCAAGCGCUGGCUUGUGAAGAAGGCUUUCUGUCUCAAGGUUUUUCAGGAGGUGCAGAAGCUGAAAGCACCUGAGAAACUAAAGCAGAGGAGAGAGCGGCGAGCAAGAGCGAGAGCGGCAAAGGAGGAGAAGCAGGCGCAGUGCGAGGGGACGCCCGUGCAGCGGCAUGUGGAGGCUGACGCAGCCGGUCUCCCUAACAAUAAAUAACUGCCUAAAGACCUAAA